AUGGGAUUUUGCUUUUUAUUUAAUUCAAAUGUUUGUUUUGGAUGGGAUUACAAAAUUAUUAUAGUUUAUGCUUGUAUAACAUAAUUUGCCUUUAUGAUUUCAAAAUUACUCUCAAGUAAAGGGUACAUCUGGUACAAUAUUAAAUUAGGAUUAAUUCAUAUUGUUGUUUUGCUAUAAUUGAAAGUACAUUAUUAAUUACUUAUCUAAUGGGAAUAGUAUAUAACAAAGAAGUUUCUCCAAUAAAUAUCAACUUUAUUAGUUAUACUCUUCUGAUAUUAUAAUUUGUGAUAUUAGCUAUUACAGUUCUCAUAAGUAGAUAGAGUUUGGAGAGUGAAGGACAUGAUUAAUCUUAGCAAAUAUAAGAAAUAGUACUUAUGAUAUGAUGUUAGUUAGUUUCAGCAAUUAAGUGUAUAGGUUCAUUAUAAAUUGUUUUCUUAAGUUUGAAAUGGAGUAAUUAAAUUAAUUGGUGCUGGAUGCAAACCUUAGUUAUCAUAUGGUUUAGCAUAGGUACUUUGAUAUUGAUUGAAAUAUGUUUAUUUAUUGAUUUUUUAAUGAAGUGUUGCAAUAAUUAAUUAGAAAAUAAAAAACAAAUAAGUAAGAGUAUAAUAACAUAAGUUUAUGGUAGUAUGUUGGUUAAUAUAAUAUUCAUUGGUAUUAUAUUGACUUCUUUGUUAACAUUUUUGGGAUUAGGAUUAUUGUUGGAUUAUUAGAUUUCUUCAAUUAAUUUGGGAGGAUUAAUAGUAACAAUUAUAUAUUACAUAAUGGAAUUAUGCUUUUAUAUAAAGAAUAAGGAAGAUUUAAUGUAAAAUUAGUCAUUAAAACUAGUUCAUUUUUAAGUAUUUCAGAAAAUUAAACUUUAUCUUAGAGUUAAGAACUCAACAAUGAAUAAACAAGUUUUAAGGAGAGAUUAAAAUAAAUACAUAGAUUAAGUAUAAACUAAAUUCCUUAAUUUAUGAUAAAAUUAUCUGCUACUUAUUAUAAGAAAAAGGAAUUAAUAGAUUCUAAAAAGCAAUAGAUUGGUUCAGUAUUGUCUUAAGAUAAGAAAUAUAGAUCAAUUAGUUUUUCAGAGAUUAAGAAAAACAAAGAUAUUAAAAAGUAAGCAUCAUAGGAUUAUGAUGAAGAAUUAACAAAAAGGUUUGAUCAUUUAAUGUCAUCUCCUCGAUUAAAAUUAGAAGUUAGUGAAAGUAUGGGUGCAGAGUUAUCUAGUAGAGGACAACUUAAAUAGAAUUAAUUAUGUUUAAUUUGUUAUGAGAAAGAAAGUAAUAUGAUUAAUUAGCCUUGUGGUCAUGGAGGAUUUUGUUAGGAAUGUUCAUAAUAAAUGUUGUCAAAGAGUAAUUUGUGUUUAUUGUGUAGAAAACCAGUCACUCAUACAUUAAUAGUUUAAGGAGUUGAUAAUCGGGAAAGUUUAGUUGAGGUAGUUGGUAUUUUAUAAGGUGAAAAGAAGUAAUGAUUAUUAAAUUGCUUUUAAAUAAUUUUUAUAAUAUAUGAACAACAAUAGUAAUAUAUUCAGACCACCAUCAUGUCAUAAAGUAUAAACUCCUUAGUUUGCUAAAGAAUAGUAACAACCAAAAAAUGCAAAAGGGAGUAAUAGACAAGUUUUUAGAAGUAUUCCAUUAUAAUGUAAAAAAUAGUCUAGACAUUUAAAUUAAGUCCAAAUUUUAAGAAUAAUCUAAGUUAAAUGCCUUCUACUUAAGAUAGUACAUAAAUAAUUAAUUUUAGCAUUGGAAUAGAAACUAGCAGAUCAGACUUCAGAAAUAAAAUUGCUUUAAAAUCAAAUAGCAGAGUUAAAGAAAUAAAAUGAGUUAUUAGAAUAAAGAUUAAGAAAGGCAAAUUCGGUAAGUAUUAAAUUAAUUUUAGACUGUUUCUGAUUAUUGGAUUAAAGUUAAAGAUACAUAAACAAAACUUCAACAAGUGUCAAACAAAUUUCGAAGCAGCAGAGAGAAGAAAAAAAUGUAUAAAAGAAGAAUAAUAGAUGCUUUGAAUUACUUUUAUGGUCGAUAUACAGAUGCUUAAUGUAUGUGAAAUCAUGAAAAUAGAAUAGAAUGCUCCAUUUUUAUAAUUAGAGGAACUAAGAUAAAUUUUACUACAAUUAGGAAUGCAUGAAUCUAUUGUAUAAGAAAUGCAAUAUUUAAAUCAAUAAGCUUAAAAUUAGUUGAAUGUAAAUAUUGACAAUAUGACUUAUGAACAAAUUUUAAAUCUACAAGAGAGAAUUGGGUAAUGAUAUAAUUACUAUUGUAAGCAAUUAGAAUGUAGGAUUAACAAAAUUAUAAAUAAAAGAGAUUCCAAAAAAAACAAAAGAAGCAAAUGAUAAUGUGGAAGAAAUGUAAAAUAUAUUUAUUCUAUAUAUUUAUAGCUGCACUAUUUGCUAUGAUCAAAUAUAAACUGGAAAUAUAUAUAGAUAAUUACCAUGCAAUCACAUAUAUCAUUCAAAAUGUAUAAAAGCAUGGCUCUUAAAUCAUAAAAAAUGUCCAGUCUGUAAUAUAGAAGUGAUUCUUGGUUCUGAUUAACAUGAGGAUCAUAAUCACUAAUAAACAUAAUGA